GUUUCAAAAUGGCGACGGAAGGCGUACGAUUUGAUGAUGAAUCUGGUGUUUUUGCGUCAAAUUGUUUCCCGGUCCGCAGUAUAUUUGGACAUGGAUACGACGGAGGUGGAGCAUGGCUAAUAGCUCAUAGGGCUGAGCAGAGGAGAAGAUUUAAAGCUGUCCUGUGCACAAAACCAAGGACUUACUCAAGGAUUAGAGAAGAAAGGAAAAAGACAGAGCGUCUUGGUACAACACUUGAUGGCCAGAGAUUUGAUGAAGAUGAGGCGGAGGAAGAGGAGGCCGCUACCUUGGAUGGCUUCUUUCUUAUGAAGCAGUGUUGUGUGGAGGACCCAUCAGACCUGUGCUCUAUCAACAUCGCAGGCAAGGAGCUCAGUGAGGUCAAGGAGGACGACUUCAGCCUCUUCGACAAUGUUGCUUAUGUCAACGCGGGAGAGAAUUAUCUCCCCUUUGAGGCCUUCCGUGGCUUCCCAAUCAUACGUGAACUUGAGAUGCCUUUGAAUGGUUUGCGCAGUUUGAAGAUAGAUGUCACAGACUACCCAUAUCUGGAGUUACUGGACUUGUCGUACAACAACCUCUCCUCUGAAGACGUCCUGGCACUGGGGUUACUCCAGAACCUCAGGGUUCUACACCUCAGCGGCAACAACUUCAAGACUCUGCCCGCUGACAUGUCGCUGCCCUACAUCCCAGAUCCCAAACAAAAGACACGAUACCAAAGGUACACAAAGCUGGAGGUCCUGAUGCUGGACGACAACAAACUGAGUGAUGUGAGCGUGUUCGCAGCACUGGCUGGCUUACAAAAACUUCAUCAUCUCAAUAUGGAGAAGAAUCAAAUUGCUUACGUUCCACAACUAAAGUCAGUGGAGGGCAAGGUCGUGACCCAGGAGGUCACAAUCCCUGAAAAGAAAAGCAAGUCAAGCGCAAGGGGAGGCAGAAGUAGCCGACGCUCGAAAUCAAGAACAAGUAACUCUGCACAUUCCACUAAUGCAGAUGUGCAGAGAGCCGGCACUCCUGAGGUCAAAGUUUCGUUUGAGGUCAAGGCUGAAGCAGUGAAGGAGGUGUCUCAUCUGACCAAAGUGAAGGAGGAAGAGGAAGAAGAGACUUGUGAAGAGAAACCCAAGAUGGAGGCGGAUCCCGUGCUGGAUAACAUGACAACAGAAGAGAAAGAUCUGUUGAACGAUGACCUAAGUUUGAACAUUGGAGACCUGACCGCUCGGUUGGCCAUAACCAGGAUGAACGAAUUAAAUGAUGAAGGGGAGACAACACAGCGUGCCGAGGACCAGCAAGCAUCACAGUGCCCCUUCCCCGAGCUACGCUAUCUCAGCCUGGCUCACAACCAGAUCAGUGACGAGGAUGCCUUGCUGGCGGUGGCGGCUUGGCCCAUGCUGGUGGAGCUGGUUCUACACAACAACCCACUGACCACCAACCACAGUGGCAACCCACCACUACUGAAGCGCUUCCUUCAUGACAGGCUCGGCAUCAAGCUGGUCAGGAAAGAAGAACCAUCACUGGUGAAGCCGCAUGUAGAGGUUCAUUCACAUAAACACAGGACGGUGUCUGGCAGUGUGCCAAAGGUCCCCAAACCCAGCAUAGAGGACAGGCUCAUGUUAGAAGCUCCCCCAAAACCAGCCCUUCAACAGCCUGAGCAAGGGGAGAGAACUCUGUCUGGUCUGGAUCAGCAAAAACCUCUGCCACCAAUUUCAUCCCGGGUCCCCAAAGAAGGUCCCCAGCCAUCACCACGAUUUGAUGCGUGGACAGAGGAUAAGACAGACACCACAAAAAAUGAAGAUGCCUUCUUUAUGACACAGGUUGAAGACCAGGAGGAGGAGCAAAAAACUGCUCCAGAAGAGGAGACGGAGAAGAGACCUCGAAGGAAGUCUGGGAAGACCACUGAUAGGUAUCGUGGAUAUGAGGAGUUGCUGGAUAUAGAUUCAGACGAAGAGGAGGGGGAUAUACCCAAAGAUAUCCAAGGCAAUGUACGAGCCCUGAAGUACGCCCUGACCCAUCAGCUGGUGUACAGGGACCCGACCAUCCACCUGGACAAAGUCAAACGGCCGGUCCAAGAGUACAGAAGGGUGCCAGUGCCUCCAGCUAAGCCCAAGACCAGAACAGAGAAAGUUGAUGAGGUGCUUGAGAACCUGCGGACUCGAACCACUGUGGAUGAAGCCAGUCUGGUGGAUGUGCUGGGCCACCAGAAGCAAUACAGGAAGCAGUUCCCUGAAGCCCAGUCUCUCCUUCACCAGAUCCAGCGUCGCUACAACGUGGUCCGUGUGAGCUCCAUGAAGGAGGCCCGGGAGGCCAGGAAGCACCUGCAGGGGGCUGCAGAUGAAGUAGGGAAAGCCAACAAACACCUCACCUCCCUCAAGAAGAAGGGGGUCAAGGUGUGCGAGUGACCGCAUCUCACCAGUUGUGGCCUGAUGUCCCUCCAGUAUGUUGAUAAUACAAACAUGUUGCUUUGGAAGUCACUGUGACAGACAAGACAUUAUUUUCUAACAUCGUUGCCUUCAGUUCAGUGGUUGAUUUUAUGAACAUGUCGCGAUUGAAGUCUGUUACAAACCUGUGACUGUGACAGACAAGUUAGUUUCUGACACAGAAAUUUCUAUUCUUCUGGGUUAUGUCAAUAUGCGUGUUGUCACAUGUUGUGGUAAUCAGAUUAGACUGAUCAUUCAUGUAUUUGUGGUUGUUUUAGUUUGGAAUGUUUUAGAUUCUGUUUGAAAGUACAAGAGGUUUUAUUGUUAUUAUUAAUACAUUCCUGUGGAAAGUUAGUUAAUAAUCAAUUUGAUUGAUUGUAAAUUUGUUAAAUUACAUAACUCCAUCGUAAUCAAUGUGAUGCUGAUCUGUGAUAACUGAUAAGUGAGUUUUAUUGUAUACACUGCUUGUAUUCAAGCUGAACAAAUUGUUUUCAUGGUUGCCUCUUACAGAUAAAUACUUUCAUACAUCA